AUAUUUAUUACUUGGCCCUUCUCUGUGAUAGUUGCAUAUUUCUAGGAAAGCCAAUGCGUCGAAAACGAAAUCUUUUACCCAUGUUGCAAUUGUUUCACCUGAAAAAGAUGAACAUGUCUUUUUCAAUAGGAAAAAUUACCAUUCUAUGAAUGUACAAUUGGUACAUUAUAAGAUGAAUAUUUGUUGGAUGAUCUUAUUGUUAUUUAGUCUUUUCAGAUUUGUGAUGAAAAUUUGUGGAUCAUGCAUGCUAAUCCCAAAUUGAGUGGCAGCAAUAAUGAUCCUUAUAUUUGGGGCAAGUCUGAUAUUUCAGACAUUUUGCAACGUGUUCAUCGUGAAAAUGGAGAAACUUUCUUUCUACUGGGUGAUUCAGAUAUGAACAAUUCAAUAGGGACUACUAGAUUCAUUUUAUUCCUUUUAUUUUAAUCUUUAAAGCAUGUUACUCUUGGUUUUUUUGUGCCUAUGUUGAUGCCUUAUGUUUGACCUGAGCUAAUAAAGAUCUAAAGCUUACGAAUGCACCAUAAGGCUCAGAAACAGACACGGAAAAGGCUUAAUAUAAUCACAUUUAGGUUGGUUUUUUAUUACUUCCAUAUUUGAAUAAUCUUGAAUUUCUAUUGAUUUCUCAUUUCCUUCUUGAAGGAUACCCUCUAAGGCCUUGGUUACUUACACCAUCAAAAAUCCUUCAAGUGAGCAGGAGGAAAGAUUCAAUAACCAAUUCAAGAGGGUAAAAAGCAUCAUAGAAAGGUGUAAUGGCUUACUGAAAAACAUUAUCAACCAAAGAAGGCAGUAUCAAUAAUAUUGGCAUGUUGUGUGUAACAUAAUAUUUGUGUGGUAAAUAACAUUGAAGAACCAGUAUAAGAUGAAGAAUUCAUGAAUGCUGAUCAGGGAAUUAUUAAUGAAAGAAAUUACUCGUUAAUAGACAGAAACCCAACAGUUCAAGAUGAUUCAAGGACUCUUCUUCUGGAGCAACAGAUCCCGACAUCAGAGAAGCAAUAGAGCCCCACAUUAGAGAAGCAACCGAUCCCGACAUUAGAGGAGUGGCAAUGUUCAUUUCAGAACAACAAAGAAAUUUUUUCAUCCUGUGUUGAGCCUAGAUCAUUAGAUUGUUGGUUUAACAGGAAAACUUCAUAAUUUUUGUAAUAAUUUAAAAUUUCAAAUCACCAAGUGGUUUCGAGUAAGUUACUCUAGAACUAUAAAAACCAUAAUAUUUCUAGAAUGUUGUGUCCCAACCAAAAACGAUUGCUUGUUGAAUUCUUGAGUGAACAACCAGAAUUAUGUACCGAAAAGUUCACACAGGGUUUUACAUUUAAUAUGCGCAGUCUUUGGGAGAAAAUCACCUUCCAAUUAAAUAAAGUUCCAACCGGUAUCCAAAAAUAUUGGAAGAAAUGGGGAAAGGUAAGUAUUUCUGAUUGCAAUUUGAUUUUCCAUGCUUUUGGUCCCAAACUGACAUGGCAAAAUUUAAAAAAGAGAGCAAAAGCGAAGGAUGCCGCUAUAAGAAAACAUUCAAGGCAGACAGGAGGGUGUCCACCUACUUCAGUUCAUUUGACGUAAGUAGAAAACGAUGGGAUUCAAAUGAUCCCGGCAUGGAUUACAAGCAGAAAGAAAUGCAUCCUAGAUCGUAGAGACGGUUUCAGCCCAAACCAUGAAAGCCAUGAUGAACGUGAAAAUGGCACAACUGACACUAAGGCUGAACCAAGAAAUAGCGGUCCUGCGAGCAGAAGUGGCGGCAUUUCUUCAGGUGAGUGAGAAGAGGAGAAUUUCUUCAGGUGAGUGCAAUAUUUAAAUAUUCUUCAAGAUAAAUUUAAGGUAUUUCUAUUCUUUUUCUGAAUAUUUUAUUUAGAAGUACUUUUUAUUUGAUUAAUAACAUAUUUGUUUUUCAGGUAAAGGAAUACUUUCCACAUUGAACUGCACCAGAAAAAGGCAUUUGAAUGCAAGGGAGCAAAUUCUAUACGAAAUCAUUUGCAACAUGAGAAAAAAAAAUGAAUCAGCAGAAAUACAGGAUUCAAAAUUACAAAGAAAGGGUUAGGCACAAAAAUUAUUAGCAAAUGGUGGGCUACAAAAUGUUUUUAGCCAAGUAAAUGAAGCUACAUGCAAUUUCAUCCGAUGUCAGAUUAGAAAUAAAAAUCAGAAACGGAAUGCUUGAAGAUUCACAUUUGACGAAAAAGUUCAUUAUACAAAGCGAGCCCUGAAGGUUAUCGUCUCUUGUAUAAAUUAUUUUGCCUUCCUUCAAGCAGAACUUUAUCAAGACUAUUGGAAAAAUUAACAUUCAAUCCAGGAUUAAAUGCUCACAUUUUUCAGCAACUUAAAUCUCGUCAAGAUAAAGUAUGCGCUCUUAUCUUUGAUGAAAUGUCAUUGUCCACAAAUUUGAAGUAUGAUCAAGUUGCUGAUAAGAUCAUAGGAGUGGAGGAUGAUGGAUCUGAAAGAAAGGCAAGGUUGGUUGAUCAUGCCAAUGUAUUUUUCCUCAAAGGGAUUAUACAGGCAAUACAAGCAACCUCUUGCCUUCACUUUCAGUAAAGGUCCCAUUACCAGUAUAACUUUGAAAAAUUCAAUCAAAAAAUUGAUUGGAGAAUGCCAAAAAAUCGGAUUGAAUGUUAUGGCCACCAUCUGUGAUCAAGGGACCAAUAACCAAGCAGCCAUAAAACUGUUAAUCCAAGAAAGAAAGGCUUUCUGCUUGGAAAUGGGAGUGGAUGAUAAUUAUUUUGGCUUCUUAAUCAAUAACAAGGAGGUAGUGCCCCUCUUUGAUACUCUUCAUUUAUUUGAGGGUUUGAGGAACAACCUCCUUGUUAAAGAAGCACAUUUUUUUUUUAAUAGGGAGAAAAAAAUUGCCAAGUGGUUGCAUAUUGAGCAAUUUUACCAUUUGAACUUAACAGACCAAACAUUACGAAUUAACAACAAACUUACAGAUGCACAUGUAAUCCCUGAGAAGAUCAACAAGAUGAAGGUGAAAUUGUGCACCCAGGUUUUCAGCCAUUCGGUGGGGUCAAUGAUGAAAUUGAUUUCUAAACGGGAAAUCAAACAUCCUUUUCAGCUCACUUUGGAGGCUGCAGAUACAGCAGAUUUAAUACUUCUCUUAGAUGAAUUAUUUGAUUCAUUAAAUGUGAGCAAAGCAUCUAAAUCUGCUGCAAAAUUGAUGAAGAGACCAGUGAAUAAGAAAUCAAGCCACAAAGUUUUUUGGGAGAAUGCAAUAGAAAUUUUGAAGAGUAUGAAAUUCUAUUGUCCCAAAAACAAACGCUUGGUUGUCAUACCCAGUAUAAAAAAUUUGAUUAGAAGUCUAAAGGGUUUUCUUUAUUUGAGCAGAAGACUUCUUGAGAACAAAUUUAAAUAUUUUUUGACUGGGUCGUUCAAUCAAGAUUGUUUAGAAAACUUUUUUGGCAAUAUUCGGGACCAUGAAUACAAACUCCCUGUUAAAAUGGCACCGUCUAAUGAAUCUAGGGCAUCAACCCCAGGAUCCACUGCCGUUGGCACCAUCAAGUCACUUACAUUUCUUGACACCGAACUUUGGAACAAGACUUACCCCAACGCUUAUGCAGCAAAGAAGGUCUUGAUACGGGAUGAACAGCUAAUAUUCAUCGCGGCUGAGUCCCCUCAUUACCUAUUUGCAGAGAAAACGUUUAAGUUCUUCUAUCAGUGCCAAGUGGGGAAAGACGGGGCCACUCUUGAGCACGCGAUAGCACGAGACCAACUGCUGGACCUCUCAUCAGACAUACGCUCGUUCACACUUGCCGCCAAAUGUUCCCUCCGUAUUGCGGGAAGAACCCGUCUUUGUCAGGCCCUUAUUGCCACCAGAGCGGACACAUUCGAUCCCAAGGCAAAAGACAUUGCUGAGACAUCUGAUACGCUAAUUGAUUCUUCUGGUACCGGACCUAUCGCAGAUAUAGGUGUCACCCCUGGACAGAGUCGCGCCCUGGUUAAAUUGUACUACCAUAAAUACCCUCAGGCAAUGGGCAUGGGUAUGACACAGCUCAUGCCCAAGACACCUGAUGUGUGCCGGGUAAUAACAACAAUGUAUGUCAACUCUCUAUUAGCAAUAGUUCCAAACGAUAUCCAUCAAGAGAUCAUAGACGGACUCAGCAGUGCUGUCCUAUCAGGGAACAUCAAACUCUAUGAGAUGAGUGAUACAGAGUACAAAGAUAUCCAGUAUUACCGUGCAUCACCUGAAAGAAUAAUGUACUGCGCCUUUAUAGCAGGAACCGCUUUUACUAAACAAGGAGCCACUGGAGUACAGAUCACGGAUUGGUGUAAGAACAGACUAGGGGCUAUGUUUGCUAGAGCGUCCCGUGCUCCCAUCGCGCCACCUGCAGAGGUUAGUAUGGAGCUCCCCAUAUUAGCAGAGAUAUUAGGCAAUAAUAUAGAGGUCAGAUCGGCACUCCUCCGGCCAAUAAUUCGACUACACAGUGAGGAAGAAUCCAGAGCACAUACCACUAUCUAUACAGCAGUCCAAUCACAGAUAGACCUUGUAACUCAAAACUAUAUGAUGUCCACACUCAGAAUGUCCCUCAAUUUCCACGACAUGUGCGAGACACAGGCCAGUACGUUGCAUUCUGUCUUCUCUCAGGGUGACGAACUAACCGAUCAAUAUCGUGCACUGGAGGCUACAGUAAAGCGAGAGGAAGAGAUCAAGAUCCAUCACUACUGUGUGGUAAAUCCUCGCCCAAAGUGGAUGGAAGCUAGUGCUUACCCCGAUCUGGCAUUCUGCGCUCAGAGAAGACUGCUAUCAACCUCGGCAGCGAGGGAGGCAUCGGAGUGGGAUUAGAACCGGCAAUUGCUCAAUAUCUCCAAAGCAAAGGAAAGAUCAUCGACCCAAAGAUCGCAGCUGACAACAGGGUCCUCAG